CAUUUUCUGGUUGUAUUUGAAUUAGAUUAGCAGAGAGUGCAGAAUCUAUGUUGGCUAAUUGUUUCAUUGUGGGGUCGUGUUUAAAGUUUCUACAUCUCCCACAGCUGUCUUUGUGCCAUAAUUGAAGAGCAAAUAUAAUCUUUGAGUUCCUCAGUGUUUUAUGACAUGAGAUUCCAUCAUCACUAUGCAGCAGGGGAAGUUCACCAUUCCUGAUACGCCACAUGUCACUCCCAGAAGCUAGGUGACGAGAUCGAAGAAGCUUUAAAAGAGCUCUGUUUCCCAACCAGUCUCUACAUCCACAACACCUCAUUUUGUACCUUUCUCGGGUCCAGUUCAGCUCCGCUCAGCCUGUGCCGAUACUGUUGUGUUACGAUGAAGUUCUGCCAGAUCCAGUGUGCCUUGGCCCUACUAGGCCUUGCCCUGAUGCUGUGUAACCAUGGCGCCACCUCUCAGCCUGAUCUGGACCUCCGCCAUCGCAGACUGCUCCAGAGAGCCCGUGCCAUUGGCGUGGCCACACAGGACUGGAGUAAGCGGGCAGUGGAGGAUAUCUUAUCCCAGCUGUCCUUGCCUGAAGCAGAAGCCCAGGAGAGUGAGGUCUCCACUUCGGGGGCUAAAGACGACCUGCGUGUCGAGCUAGAGCGAUCGGUGGACAGCCCAAACAGCCUUCCUCCCCGUGAGCGUAAGGCCGGCUGCAAGAACUUCUACUGGAAGGGUUUCACUUCCUGCUGAGAUCCUGCCUACCUUCAGAGAUCCUGCUGCUAAUCACUCCACAUGACAGAAUCCUGGACUUGCACCUGACUAAUGCAAAACAAUCAACAUAUGUUUUGAACUAAAUUCCUGAAAUCAAGAGAAUGUACCUGUCUAAUUUAUGAAUUAAAAGAUAAAUAAUUGAAUGUCA